CGCGGCCCGCCUCUCAGCCGCAGCCACUCGGCCGCCUCCAGCCUGCGCCGCUCGCCCAGCAUGGAGCUGCGUGGCGAGGACCUGCCCAGCCUGGAGUGGGACAACACCGGCAUCCAGGAGUACCCGGAGGUGUGGCAGGAUGACACCGACACGUCUGUGGCUCGUGGCCUCGACGACGAGAUGGCGCUGGAGUUGGACUUGGAGCUGGAGCUGGGAUCGCGCGACUCGCGCGACUCGACGAGCCUGCGCAGCCUGGAGGAGGCGCGGCCCAGCGAGCGCGAGCCCAGCGCCGAGAGCUCUACCAGCACGGUGCAGGACGGCAGCUCGGCCAGCCGCCAAGGCUCGCUCACGCUGGCUCUGAGCCGCGAGCAGUCACCGGCCGCCGACCCGCUCACCGAGUCCGGCUACGAGGGCAUGGACAGCUCGAGCCUCCUGCUGAGGACCCCGCUCUCGCCCGUGGCCGAGUUCCCCGCGGAGUCGGGCGCGCUCAGCUCAGACUCGGCCGUGUCCGGCUCGGCCGACCGGCUGAACGGCAACAGCUGCGAGCGGCGCGCCAACCGCGACUCGGCCUACUGGGACGACGGCCUGGACACGCUGGCGGCGCGCGCCGCGCUCGAGUCCGUCGGCGAGGCCAUGGACCUGCUGCAGUACGCCCAGCAGGAGUGGCGCGGCACCACGCCGCGCGCCGUCACCAUCCGACAGGGUUACGAGGAGAUGGCGACCAAGUACCACCUCACGCACAUCCAGCGGGUACGCGGCGACAACUACUGCGCUGUCCGCGCUGCGCUCUAUCAGCUGCUCUCCAAAGGUCUGCCUCCACCGAACGCCAACAGAUGUCGCCGCCUGUUGGAGACGGCGGGCAGUUGGGUCACGGCGUGGAGCUUCGGUUCGCGGCUGCCCUAUGACAUCAGCACGGCGCGGAGCGGCAUGCAGGACUGCCUGAAUGCGUUGUCCUCGUUGGGGGAGGAGCUGAAAGGCGCGGAGGGCGCGGGUCGCCAUUUGCGCCAGCAAUGGAACUCUGACCCGGACCUGGACCUGCGCUGCAUGGAGGCGGUCAAGCUGCACAUGCUGGCUGCCGCCGUUCAGCUGGAGCGUGACCAGAGCGCGCUACAGACGGUGCCGCUGUUCGCCACGCUGCUGUUCGCGCGCGACACGUCCGCGACGCCGCGCGACCUAAUGGCCAACCACCUGAACCUGGUGGGCGACUCCGGCGGCCUGGAGCAGCUGGCUUGGAGGGAUGUUCGCGAAAUCGAGAUGUUCCUCCUGGGCCACACGCUGGGCGUGACGCUGCGCGUCAUCCGGCCCGGCGCGCAUGCGCAGUCAGAUUUUGUGACGUUCUACCCGGACGGCGAGUCGGCUGCGGGCGGGCGGCCGCUGCUCACGCUGGUGGCCGAGGACGACAGGCACUACAACGUGGCCAGCUGAUCGGGCACCGCACGCGGGAGGCCUCCGCGCGCCGGCCGGGCCGGGACGGCACCGCUACUCCGGAGAUCUUCCCCUGGGUAUGUUUGGGUUGUCACCUGGGCUGUUACGGCGGCGCGUGCCGCCCUCGCCGCCCCGUCCCCGUGCGGCGGGGUCUGUCUGUGUAGCCGAGUGCGCCACUCAGUGCCUGGCGGGACGGGGCGCCGGCGCCUCGCCGCACCGCGUGCCGGCCGGCCCGCCCAUUGAGGCCGCUGUCCGUCGCGUUGUGAUCGCCCAUCAAUCGCCGUGUUCUGGCCACGAGCGUAGACGUGUGAUAGCCGGACCGCGUUAGGUACCUGACAUCUAUUGAUGCUUUGACAGUGAUUUGCAUUCAGUGCCUGGUUGUGUUACGUUCGCAUUUGCACAGUUUGCUUGGACGGUUAUAAACUUGUGUCAAGUGCGCGUGGCUCGCGCCUGCACUGCCGCUGAGUUUGAGUUAAGUCUCCUGAUGCGCGGACACGCUCGUACGACUUAUACACGAAGUUUUAUUGAGUCGCCGCCAGCAUCUUAGUGACUAGAACCUAUUCGUGAGGCUGUAUUGUUGUAGGAUGUUAUCGUUUAGAGCAUUUGACGGGUUGAAUGAAUAGAAGCGUCCGUUUUGAAA